UUCUAAAAUUUCUUUUAGUGAUCUCAAAUAAACAAUUGAGUAUUCCAGAAGCCAGCAGUGAUACAAAGCUGCAGUUUAUGAUUAAAAAUAAAAUUCCAAAGUAGUAGGUUGAUCCUUAAAUGUAGCUCUAGACACCAUAAAUAUAAGGGUAAUAUGAGAAAUUUAUUUCCUUUGUGCAAACCAAGGAAGAUUGUAAUGUUUGCUAAGAGACUAACAUAAGGAAGAAAGGUCACAACUGAAAUUUAACAUGGAUCAUUGAAUCUUUUCUUAAGUACUCCAGUGGAUCCAUGAUUUCAUCAGAAGAACAUUCUCUGCAACCUUUUAGAUUGUUACCUGUGCAUGUCUGCUCAUCCUUUGUGAUUCUUUUCUUUCUCUUCCUGUGAGUUGUGUUUUUGUGUGUGUAUGUGUGUGUCCACUCAGGAUACUGGAGGCCUUCCUCAAUUUCUCUUGAUAUUAUUGUUAGGAUUCAGAAGAGCAGAAGGCUUUAGGCUUUCUUCCAGUUAUUCCUAGCUCUUAACAACACAACCAACUCAUCUUUAUUGACUAAAAGUUUCCUUGAUAAUAUCCUGGAGAUUUUUAAAGUUCUCUUUUUGUUAUGUAGUUUAGCCUGCUUAUAUUUACCCUGUACCUCUCCACUGUGAUCUAUGUGAUAGUCAUUUUUAGUUCUUUGGAGACAGCAGUGGUUCCAUUAAUUGCGACCAUAGAAUUAUAUCGGUAGAACACUGAAAAAAUUUAAAAUACCAUAUUAAAGUAUCCAAUCAGUUUGUUGGUGGUUAGUUGCAGUUCUUCCUAUAUAGCCCUAAGAUGAAAUAUAUCUUUGGUACUCUUGCUUCUCUACCUCCCAUCCAACAGUUUUAUAAGAAAUCUUCAAAUCUAACUCACUUCUCCUUUCUGAGCCUCAAUGGCUUCAUCUGCCAAAAAACCCAAACAAACUUGUUCUUAGUAGCAGUGAUCAAACUUGUUAGUCUCUAGAUUUUUUAUUAAAAAUUAUUGUUUUUAGUUGCGUCUGAUGCUUUGUAAUUUCAUUUGGGGUUUUCUUGGCAAAGAUAACGGAGUGGUUUACCAUUUCCUUCUCCAGCUCUUUUUAGAGGGGAGAAAACUAUGGCAAACAGGGGUAAGUGACUUGCCCAGGGUCCCAAAGCUACCAAGUAUCUAAGGCCAGAUUUGAACUCCAAAAGAGGAGUCUUCCUGAAUCUUGCCUCAGCACUCAGCUUCCUCUCAGAUUAUUGAGGACCUUCCCCAAAGCUUUUAUGUGUUUUUUAAAUCAAUAUUUACAUUGAUUAUAUAUAUUUUAAAUCAACAUUUAUAUUUUCCAGAUUAGAAUUUUUUUCCUUAUGAGAAAUGAAAAUAUCUUAGUAUUACUAUGAAAGUUUUGAUCUCAAAGGAUCCCCUAAUAGUCUCUGGGACUCCAAGGUUUGGGUGUAGUCUAGAUGAUUUUUAAUAUGUCCUCCAGCUCAGUCUUAUUUUAGCCCAGAGGAAAAGUAUUUGAUAAUCAUUACUCUCACUCUAAAUAGGGUUUCUCGUUCUAGGAAAGCAAAUCACAGAUCUAGACCCAAAAGGGGCCUUACUAGUCCUCUACAGCUCCUCAUGAGUAGGUACUGUUGUUUUUACUGUCUGCAUUCCUAGGAUCUUGCACAGGGCCUGGGACAGAGUAGGUGCUUAAUAAAGACUUCUUGAUUGAUAGAUCUAUUUCAACCUCUUCAUUUUUUGUUGUUCACUGGCAUGUGAUUCUUCUUGAACCCAUGGAUCCUACUGCCUAUGAAGUUUUCUUGGUAAGAAUACUGGAGUAGAUAGCCAUUUCUUCCACUAGUGGGUUAAGGUAAAAGGAGGUUAAGUGACUUGCCCAGGGUCACACAGCUAGCAAGUGUUUGAGCCUGCAUUUGAACUCAGGUUGUCCUUGACUCCAGAGCCAGGGCUCUAUUCACUGAACAGCCUAGCUGCUUCUCUUCAUUUUACACUGGAGGAAACUGGAAGUUACUUGCUCAUCUUCUCCUGAAGUAUCCCGCUGAAGGUCACAGGGCCUACGGAAGCAGUACCUGGAGUCAAGCCUAGGUCCACCUUCUGUGCACAAAGAUGCUGUGUUUCUGUAGAAAGUGUACGCUCCCCGCCCAAAACUGAAGGACACACCUGCUCCAUAGGCUCGGUUGGAAUGGCGGUUAUGGAUGAGGAAAAAAGUGUGAAGCGCUUCAACCUCGAGGGACACUAGAUUCAGCUGGAGAGAUUUUUUAGGCUACGUGUCCUCAAUGGUCUUCAUUAGGCAGCAGGAAAGGACCAAGGGCUAUUAACCGACAGACCCAACAAACGCCCUUCCCAGUCCCAGGUCCAACAGUAGAGGGCACAAUUCCCAUUCAACACAGUCAAGCUCCAGGGCUAGAGAGGGAGGGCUGGUGUGAAGGGGCCGCCGGGAUUGGUAGUCUUUCAUUUCCACUUGUAUGGAGUGUCCUAUUCACCUGGAACGACAUUUCCCAAGAUGCUGCGCGCAGCUUCGGAUUCUCAAUUUCCCACCCUCCCUCUUUCUCCUCCUUUUCCCACCUGGAGGCAGUCUCGGUAGCUUAAGCCCGAAAGAAACCUCCCAGGAAACUGCCCCUGUACGCACGCGUCACGUUUGUUUACCCUGAAGCCCCGCCUCCCUCUUCGGUCUCUUUUUGCCCUCCCCGUGCCCCGCCCCACCUCGCCGUGGAAUGCCGUCAUGCCAACGAUGCAUAUUCAUGAACCGGCUCGGAGCUUCCCUCUCCUCGUUCCCUCCCGCCUUCCACCCUCCUCAGCCCACAGCAUGAUUAAUAUUCAAUGAGCACUGCUUCUGGGCGACUUGUUCUCCCGGGGAGGUGGGGGGAGGGGGCGUGGCUAGCGGCCCGGGCGCCCGAACCCGGGGCGGGGAGGCGGGGUGGAGGAGGAGGCGGUGGCGGUGAGGCGAGUGCGCGGGAUGGAACCCCGAGACACCGACGGAAUGCUCCGAAUUGCCACAUAAUCCCCUGGAACGGCAGCCCCGAACGCCAUUGGCUUCUCCCUCCCGGUUCCUCCUCCUCCUCCUCCUCUGCCGCCCUCUCCCACCUUCGCUUCACCUCCUCCCGCUCCCUUCUCCUAGCUCCGGAGCUGGGGGGGGAGACGCACAGCUCCACUGCAAUGGAGCCAGCCGCCGCGGCCACGGUGCAGCGACUCCCAGAGACCAGCAGGGAGGACCGGGCUCCGGCUCCGGCGGCCGCAGCGGCGGCGGCUGCGGCUGCUGCUGCGGCUGCGGCCGCGGCUGCUUUAGCGGCGGCGGCGGCGGCGGGGGGCGGUGGCCGGAGUCCGGAGAGUCUCCUGCCUCCGGGGACUCCGAACGUGCUAUUCCUUCCGAGCGGCGGGGCCGGGGAGGAGGCCCCCGCCGGGCCGUUGCCCAGCAAAGCUGGGGGCACGGUGCGGAGGAGGAGGAGAGGGGCGCCCUUGCUUGCGACCAAUGGGGUUCCCCCGACCCCCGGGGCGGGCAGCGGCGCUAACUCCCUGCUCCUCCGGAGAGGGCGGCUGAAGAGGAAUCUGUCCGCCGCCGCCACAUCCUCCUCCUCCUCCUCCUCCUCUUCUUCCUCGGCUGCCGCCGCCUCCCACUCCUCCAGCGCCGCCAGCCUGGCCGCCUCUUGCUCGGCCUCGGCGUCGCUGUGCACCCGGAGCCUGGACAGGAAGACGCUGCUGUUGAAGCAUCGACAGAUGAUGCAGUUGCAGCCGUCCGACCGGGACUGGGUGAGGCACCAGCUGCAGCGGGGCUGCGUUCACGUCUUCGACCGACACAUGGCCUCGACCUACCUGCGCCCGGUGCUCUGCACGCUGGACACCACGGCCGGCGAGGUGGCGGCCCGUCUGCUGCAGCUGGGGCACAAAGGCGGAGGCGGAGGCGGCGUGGUGAUGAAGGUUAUGGGCAAGGGGCCCUCGCCGUCAGCCCAGCUCCAGCCGCACCCGGGGCCUGGGCAGCGAUGGGUGGGACCUGUCAUGGAUGCCCCGACGGCCGGUCACGGGGGCGAUCCCUCUGGCAUUUGCGGGGGGCUAUUGGCCCGAAGCCCGGACACCACCGGCUCUGGUCUCGGACUGACAGCACCCGAAGACGGGCCAGGGGAGCACCAGACGAGGAAAAACGGGCUGGGGGAGCCCGGCGAACCUGCCGUCGGAGGGAAACCGCGCACGCCCCCGGGGGAUCUACAGCUCCGGAGCGGGGCGGGGAGAUUUGUGGGAUGUCUGACCCACACCAGCCCCGCUUCGGACUUCAGCCCCGGCGAUCUGUACGCUGGGGUUCCCAGUUCCCUGUUGGGUGACUUGCGGCCGGUGGACGGCGUGGUGGGAGGCCCGGCCUCGGACACCGAGAGUUUUAGCCUGAGCCCCAGCGCCGAGAGCGUGUCCGACCGGCUAGACCCCUACAGCAGUGGCGGCGGCGGCGGCAGCGGCAGCGGCAGCUCCUCUUCGUCGGAGGAACUGGAGGCCGAUUCUGUCCCAGUCCCUGCCCCUGCCCCUGCCCUUGCUCUUGCUUCUGCUCCAGGCCCUGCCCCUGCCCUGGCGCCGACGGAGGGGUCAGUCCUCGCCCAUCACCCUGGUGGCUCAGCUUCGCCUCGGGCCUGCGGGCCAGAGGCAGAGAAGCCGGGCGAUUUCCCGCCACUACAUCCUUCUUCACUUGCUGUGCCGGCCCAGUCGCCACCGAAAACCCCGAAGGGGGUGGACAGCCGGGGUGGGGUCUCCCAAGACGGCCCUCUAGAGAAGGCAACUACAGGAGGAAUUAGUGGAGAGGGAAAGCCGUCGCCACCUGGACACGGAGGAGCAGCGGACAAGACCGCUCCGAUGCCCACCCUGUAUGUGCAGUUUCACGGAGAGACUACCCGUCGACUGGAGGCACACGAGAAGCCACUGCAGAUUCAAAAUGACUACCUCUUCCAACUGGGAUUUAGGGAGCUGUGGAGGGUGCAGGAGGAGGGCAUGGAUUCGGAGAUUGGGUGCCUCAUCCGCUUCUAUGCAGGAAAGCCGCACAGCACUGGUAGCUCCGAACGGAUUCAGCUCUCAGGAAUGUACAAUGUGCGAAAAGGGAAAAUGCAGCUACCAGUGAACCGAUGGACAAGACGCCAAGUUAUCCUGUGUGGAACAUGCCUGAUUGUGUCAUCCGUGAAAGACAGCUUGACUGGAAAGAUGCAUGUCCUCCCACUAAUCGGUGGAAAAGUUGAAGAAGUAAAGAAGCACCAGCACUGUUUAGCCUUCAGUUCUUCUGGACCUCAAAGCCAGACCUAUUACAUUUGUUUUGAUACUUUUACAGAGUACUUAAGGUGGCUUCGACAAGUAUCCAAGGUUGCCUCACAGCGUAUCAGCUCAGUGGACCUUUCAUGCUGUAGCCUGGAACAUCUGCCUGCCAACCUCUUCUAUAGCCAAGACCUCACUCAUCUCAAUUUAAAGCAAAACUUCCUAAGGCAAAAUCCCAGUUCACCAUCUAGCAGAGGACUUGGUGAACUCAAAAGGUUUACCAAGUUGAAGAGCCUUAAUCUUUCCAAUAACCAUCUCGGAGAUUUCCCUCUGGCAGUAUGCAAUAUCCCAACCUUGACCGAGCUGAACAUGUCAUGCAAUGCCCUCAGAACUGUUCCAGCAACAGCAGGAGAUAUGCACAACUUGCAGACAUUUUUGUUGGAUGGUAACUAUCUUCAGUCCCUUCCUGCUGAGUUGGAGAAUAUGCAGCAGCUCAGUUACCUAGGACUUUCCUUCAAUGAAUUUACAGACAUUCCAAAGGUUUUGGAGAAACUGACUGCUGUGGAUAAACUUUGUAUGUCUGGAAACUGUAUGGAAAUCCUCAACCUGCAGACUUUAAGAAAAAUGCCACACAUUAAGCAUGUGGAUUUAAGAUUGAAUGUCAUUAGGAAACUGAUGGUGCAGGAGGUGGACUUCCUUCCUCAUGUCACUCAACUAGACCUUCGAGACAAUAAACUUGAAGAUCUGGAUUCGACAGUUUUCAACAAUAUUGAAGUCCUGCAUUGUGAAAGGAACCAGUUGGUGACACUGAAUGUUUGUGGCUAUUUGCUAAAAGCACUCUAUGCCUCUUCAAAUGAACUUGUGCAACUUGAUGUUUACCCAGUUCCAAAUCAUCUGACAUUCAUGGAUGUUUCUAGAAACCAUCUAGAAAGUGUACCUGAGUGGGUAUGUGAGAGUCGCAAGCUGGAAGUGUUGGACAUUGGUCAUAACCAGAUCCGUGAGCUCCCUGCACGCCUGUUUUAUAAUAGUAGUCUUCGUAAACUGCUGGUAGGGCAUAACCAGCUAACCAGGCUCCCAGAAAGACUAGAAAGAACCCAGGUGGAGGUCCUGGAUGUUCAGCACAAUCAGCUUGUUGAGCUACCACCUAAUCUCCUGAUGAAGGCUGACAGCUUGAGGUUCCUAAAUGCAUCUGCCAACAAGCUGGAAACUAUUCCUCCAGCCACACUUUCAGAAGAGACAAGCAGCAUCUUGCAGGAGCUGUACUUGACUAACAACCACCUCACUGACAAAUGUGUGCCCUUGUUAAUAGGACACCCUCACUUGAAGAUUCUACAUAUGGCCUAUAAUCGGCUUCAGAGCUUUCCAGCAAGUAAAAUGGCCAAACUAGAGGAGCUAGAGGAAAUAGAUAUCAGUGGGAACAAACUGAAAGCCAUUCCAACUACCAUCAUGAACUGCCGGCGGAUGCACACUGUAAUUGCUCACUCAAAUUGUAUUGAGGUCUUUCCUGAAGUCAUGCAGCUAACAGAAAUCAAGUGUGUGGACCUGAGCUGUAAUGAGCUGAGUGAAGUCACAUUACCAGAAAAUCUGCCUUCAAAGUUACAAGAACUAGACCUGACUGGAAACCCUCGACUUGCCCUGGAUCACAAAACCCUGGAGCUGUUGAAUAAUAUCCGAUGUUUUAAAAUCGAUCAGCCUUCUGCUGGUGAUGCUUCAGGAGCCCCAGCUGUGUGGAGCCAUGGCUACACAGAAGCCUCCGGUGUAAAGAAUAAGUUGUGCGUUGCAGCCCUGUCAGCAAAUAACUUCUGUGACAACCGAGAAGCUUUGUAUGGAGUCUUUGAUGGUGACCGCAAUGUCGAGGUGCCGUACCUCCUCCAGUGCACCAUGAGUGACAUUCUGGCAGAAGAGCUACAGAAAACAAAAAAUGAAGAAGAGUAUAUGGUCAACACCUUCAUCGUCAUGCAGAGGAAACUGGGAACUGCUGGGCAAAAACUUGGAGGCUCUGCCGUCCUGUGCCAUAUAAAACAUGAUCCUAUGGACCCAGGAGGAUAUUUUACCCUGACCUCUGCGAACGUGGGCAAGUGCCAAACAGUUCUGUGCCGGAAUGGGAAGCCUCUGCCUCUGUCGAAGUCAUACAUCAUGAGCUGCGAGGAGGAGCUGAAGAGAAUCAAGCAGCACAAAGCCAUCAUCACCGAGGACGGCAAGGUGAAUGGAGUGACCGAGUCCACCCGGAUUUUGGGCUACACCUUUCUUCACCCCAGCGUGGUUCCCCGUCCCCACGUGCAGUCGGUGACGCUGACCCCGCAGGACGAGUUCUUCAUCUUGGGCAGCAAAGGGCUGUGGGACAGCCUGUCCAUUGAAGAGGCGGUGGAGGCUGUGCGGAACGUGCCGGACGCCCUGGCCGCGGCCAAGAAGCUGUGCACCCUGGCCCAGAGCUACGGCUGCAACGACAGCAUCAGCGCCGUGGUGGUGCAGCUCAACGUCACCGAGGACAGCUUCUGCUGCUGCGAGCUGGGGGCCGGCGGCGUGCCCCCGCCGAGCCCCGGCAUCUUCCCUCCUUCCGUCAAUGUGGUGAUCAAGGACCGGCCCCCCGACGGGCUCGGGGUGCCCUCGUCCAGCAGCGGCAUGGCCUCCGAGAUCAGCAGCGAGAUCUCCACGUCCGAGAUGAGCAGCGAGGUGGGCUCCACAGCCUCGGACGAGCCCCCGCCGGGGACGCUGAGCGAGAGCGGCCCCGGCUACCCCGGCGAGCAGCGCUGCAUGCUGCACCCCGUGUGCCUGUCGAGCGCCUUCCAGCGCCAGCUCUCCAGCGCCACCUUCUCCAGUGCCUUCUCCGACAACGGCCUCGACAGUGACGACGAGGAGCCCAUUGAGGGCGUCUUCACCAAUGGCAGCAGGGUGGAGGUGGAGGUGGACAUUCACUGUGGCCAGGCCAAGGAGAAAGAGAGGCAGCGGCAGCAGCCGCUCCAGGUGCCGGCCGAGGCCAGCGACGAGGGCAUCGUGAUCAGUGCCAACGAGGACGAGGCGGGCCCGCCCAGGAAGCCCGACUUCUCCGCCACCGGGACCAUCGGGCGCAGGAGGGGCAACGGCUCCGUGGCGCCCCAGGAGCGGAGCCACAACGUGAUCGAGGUGGCUGCCGACGCGCCCCUCCGCAAGACGGGCGGCUACUUUGCCGCCCCGGCCCAGCCCGACCCCGACGACCAGUUCAUCAUCCCGCCGGAGCUGGAAGAGGAGGUCAAAGAAAUCAUGAAGCACCACCAGGAGCAGCAGCAGCAACAGCAACAGCAGCAGCACCAGCAGCAGCAGCACCAGCAGCAGCAGCAGCAGCAGCAGCAGCAGCAGCAGCAGCAGCAGCAGCAGCAGCAGCAGCAGCAGCAGCAGCAGCAGCACAGGCAGUAUCAGAUGGACCAGCUGCCAGACUAUUAUGAUACACCACUAUGACCCAGUGCAAGUACUGUUAAAAAAAUAAUAAUAAUAAACUAACCAGAAAAGACUGAAUUGCAAGAGUCUCCCAGGCUCACAUUAAACCAGGGGUUCUACUCCACUCUCUCCUCCCUUCCUCUCUCCCCGACUCCCUGUUUGCCUUUGCAGCUAAUCCGUAGGCUCUCUCCUUUGCUAUUUUUUAAUAAUCACCAUGUUUCUUCUAGUGACACUUUACCAAUAUGAUUUUAAUUGGUUAACUCUUCCUCUCCCCGCUCCCCUAAAAUGUCAGAAGUGUAAAGACAAAGAACAAAAGGUUUAAUAUAUUGCAGAGAAACAUAAUGAUGAUGUAAUAUUUUUUAAAAAUGGCUUUUUUGUUGUUGUUUGUUUGUUUGGAAGACAGGGCAGACUGCCAGUGCUCAAUGAUUCAGUAAUAUUGUAAUACUGUAUUUCUUUGGGGGUGGGGGGAAGACUUUUUUUUUUUGGUCUUGAAAAUGAUAGACAUUUGUAGAAUAUGGAGACUAACUCCUAGGAGUUGCUUUACUCUGUCAGGUGACUAAAGUCACUGAGAUUCACUAAUUUUCUCUGAGAGAACAGUUGAUUGGGAAAUUAUUAUUGUAAAUAGCUCAGUGUUGUAUAGUGAUGCUUAAAAUGUUUUGUAGUCUCAGCAUAAGGACACAGCCUGAAUAACUGACUUUGUGUUCUCCUCUCUUCCCCAACUCCUACCUUAUUUAUACCUGGCUCUCCAGUUCUCUCUUGGUUCACACUCUUUUUGUGGUGAGCCCAAGUGGCCAGACCAGCUGUCUACAAAUAAGGUGAUUCUUAAGACCAUUGAACAACAACCCAUGUCCAGUGGGCCUCUGAUUUUUUUCCCCCUCCUUCUCUUCCUUCCCUCAAAUACCUACUUUUUCAGACAUUUUUAAUUUGUGUUCCUUAUUGCUGCCACAACCAGCAUGAUUGUAUAGAGCUCAAUUAGAUCAUUUACAUACCAAGAGUUAUAUUAAAGCAGAAUGCACAAAUGACCAUGUCAUAAUUUUUGUUAUAAUAAAUAUAAAAUUUACAAGUAA